GGGCUGGCACGGGCACUGAUAGCGGCUCUUUCUUGCGCGCGGGCUUCUGGCCUUUGCCGCCUGUUUUUGUUUCCCGGGCGCGGGGCUCCUCUCUAGGGGAUUGUGUCGUCCCGCGCGCGUCACCAUCACCGAGAAGAAGGGCGGUCCGGGGGUCCGGGCUCGGAGCUGCGCUCUCCCCGGCACCGAGGCAGAGGAGCGGACCCGCGGGCACGCCGCGCCGGGCACUUGCGUCCCGCCCGGGAGCCAGAAGCUUAAGUGAAAAUGGUACGUGAAACAAGGAGUACUUCUAAAAUUCAAGAGCGUGAGCAGAAGUCUCGAGUUGAUUGGAAGCGGACUAAAAGGAGUAGCAUCGCACAGUUACUGGAUAGUGAUGAAGACCUUGAGAGUGAAGACUGCGAGAGCGAGGAAGAGAGCCAUAGUGAUGAAAGUUUUGACAGUGAUGAAGAGCUUGCUAGUAACAAAGGGCUGGAAGGUAAUAAAAAGCCCGAAGAUGAAAGUGAGGUUAAAGUUGAAAGUGAAGGAAACAACUGUGAGCAUCUCAUUGACACUGGCAGCAGUUCAACAAACGAAAAGAACGAAAGCAAUCAGAAUAAUAUUGAUUCAACAGACCGGGAAAAGCAUUCAAGUCAAGAGGAUGCUGAUCUCAACAAGCACACUGAACGAAUAAUAGCGGAGGAUUUAGAAGAAGAAAACGUAAAGCGAGGGAGGAGAAGAAGACACUCCUCGGUGAUGAGUGACAGUGAUGGGAGAGGCGACAGUGACGACAGUGACGUGGCAGUGAGGAAAGGAGGUGUUAAACGGCUGCGUCGAGUGGUUGAAGAUGAAUGUUCUCCUCCAGCGGAGCUGGAGCAGAAUCAACCCGAGAAAACAGCAGCUGCAAAAAAGCGAGAACAACUCCGGAAGCUGAAAGAGCUUUCAAAACAGAGAUCUCGUCAGAGACGUAACAGUAGUAGAGAUUUUGAGGACUCUGAAAAAGAAUCUUGCCCAAGCAGUGAUGAAAAUGAUGAAGAUGAGGAGGAAGAAGAGGUUGAUGAAUCUGAUGAAGAUGGAGAUAAUUACAUUAUGGAUGACUUUGUAGUACCAGAUGAGGAGGGUGAUGAAGAGAAUGAAAGCCAGCGAGGAGAACAAUUGGCUACAUCACAACUGAAAUCUAAUUCACUUUAUUCUUUUAGCGACCACUACACUCACUUUAAAAGAGUUGUGAAGGCUUUCCUGAUCAAUGCUUUAGAUGAAUCAUUCCUGGGAACAUUAUAUGAUGGCACCAGGCAGAAAUCAUAUGCACAAGACAUGCUGACAUCUCUUCAUUAUUUGGACAACCGCUUUGUCCAGCCUCGUCUGGAGGGCUUGUUCUCUAGGAGUCGUUGGAAAGAGCAGUAUAAGGAGCGGGUAGGAAGUUAUUCUGACGUGAGCAUCUAUCGGAAGAGUGCUAAAGACUGUUUCUGCCAGGCUUGCGGGUUGCAUCGCCACUGUGCAUAUUUAGUGAGCUUAUCAGGGAAGGAGUAUAACCCCAGGACUAUGAAAGCUGAUGAUUUCAUGCCAUAUGAUAAGCAGGAAUUUUUUAUUGGCAGAAUUUGUGCAAACCGAACCAGAGUUUAUCAUAAUCUGAAACAUUUUAAAUUCAAACUGUAUCAAGAAUGUUGCUCCAUGGUAAAUAUGGAAGAAGUUGAGAAUGAACAAGUUAAAGAAACAGUGGAAAGAAUUUUCAAUCAGUUGAAAGAAAAUGGCUGGAUUAAGGAGAAAUAUGGUCUACUUCAAAAAUAUCUCAGUGAUGCGGAUUACUUUCAAGAAGAGAAGUUUGCAUUGUAACACCUUUCCUUCAGAGAAGAUUUUAUAAAUUCCUGUAGAUGUGAAGAUCAUGGAUAUUGUUUCUCUGUAUCACGUGACAUAUUUAUAUAUUUUCUGUAUUUCUUCAUGGCAAAAUAUCUUGUUUAAAACAUGUUCGUCUUAAUUUCCAUGAAGUAUUAUUCUACAGUCCAAUAAAUUUUAUCUGCUAUCCAUAGAAAACAUAAGCCUAAUUAUUUUUAAAUGUAUUUGAAGUUAAUAACAAUAUCUUUAUAAUAGAUGAUUAUCAAUCAAGAAAUAAAUGUUCAUGUCCUGUCAAUAGAAAAAUACUGUAUUUUUAAAAUGUACUUAGACUAACAUCAACAUGUAUGUAUUGCUGACUAAUAUCUACAUGUACGCAUUCUGACCAACAUUAACAUGUAUGUAUUGCUGAAUCCCUGCCAGAUGUGUUUGCUAUUCUAUUUUGACUAAUGUAUUUUUUACUGCUAUCAUGUAAAUCAGUUGACUAUGGGAUAAACCUCAGUGUUUCAUUCAGUUUAAUGCCCUUGCCUCAGAAUCAGACUAUAGUAAUUUUUUUAUUUUUCUACAGUUUCCCUUAGAAAUAAAUUUUAGGCCUUCAGAGUUUUAAUCCUCACAUUCAGGAAUCAUUUUAUAAUAUGUAUUUUCAUGAUUCACAAUGUUUUCUUUUUUUCUGUUCAAUUUUGCCUAUGUGUUAAUGAUUAAGAUGUAUUUUAUUGCUUUGUAUCCAUAAUUUUAUAAUAUAAGUAUUUAUGUUAGGAUCAGAAGAUCUCAGAGAGAUUAUUCAGCCAAAAAUAUUUUAAAAAUAUACUUUGGCAUCUGCAUUGCUUUGCACAUCUAAAUGUUUCCAUAAUUUAAUAAAAGUGAAAUGAUUUUAGAGUGAA